AUGACAGCAGAACGUGAUCUUGAUGAUUACUUGUUUGGACAAGAGAAUUUCACAGCGUUUUCGAUCUUUUUGAAUGCGUCGGAAAACCAUUUUCCAAACGCAUCUUUCGGCGACAUAAAUGGCACAACAACGUCAAUACCAAGUGGUGCAGGAGGUGGACCUGCCGUAAGAUAUUUUCCUUGGGACAACCCGCAGAAUAUUAUGACAAAGAAGAUGUCAGACGACAUUACAUCCAUUCUUCAAUGCUACGUAUUUCCGGUAGUUACAAUAGUUGGUAUAAUUGGAAGUAUCCUCAGCUUGAUUGUACUAUGCCAGAAGAAACUUCGGAGCUCUACAACAACUGUUGUACUUAUCGGAUUGGCUUUUUCGGAUAUGCUAUUUUUAGUAACAAACUUUGUACGAAAAUCCACAUGCAUCAUACGAGAUUACGACGAAGCACUAGCCGACAAAAUCAACGCAACUACAUUUUACUACAUAUUCUACCUCAAGACAGCUUUCAGUCGUGUUUCAACUCUCAUAGUUGUCCUGAUAUCAGUGGAACGUCUGAUUGCCGUGGCCUUUCCGUUGAAAGUGAAACAGAUUGUUACUAGACUGAGGAUGAAAGCCGCUGUCCUCUUCCUGUAUGUGCUAGUGUUCGGAUCACUAGCUGCCUUGCCUCCACAGUACACCUACAUAUACAUUCGUGGGAAACCCUACAUCUCCCAGACCAAAUUCGCUUUAGACAACAAAGCGCCUCUAGAAGUCUACAACGAGUACUUCUUGCCGAUCGUAUUUCGCUAUAUCCCAGUUUUGGUUGUCCUCAUUGUGAACAUCAUUAUCAUCGCUAUCAUCAGCCAAAGCCAAAGGUUUCAGAAAAGCGUCACCUCGCUGGAUCCUAAACGCAAAGAAGAGCAAAGGAAGAUAACUCGCAUGCUUUUGUCUGUGGCGAUUAUCUUUCUUAUCUGUCUGCUGCCGGGGGAUCUGCUCCUUCUGUGUUCUACGGCUAUUGAUGGGUUCGAGUUCUUCGGCACUUACCACAACCUUUUUCUGGUCCUCAGCGAUAUUUGCCUGCUCUUUGAGAUGAUCAACUCCUCAGUUAACUUCAUUACUUACAUGGUUCUGAAUCGUAACUUCUUCGAAACAUACGUCAACCUGUUCUGUUGCUGCCUGCACUUCAUGCGCGUGCACAGGAAGACGUCUGGAACUCAAAAAUCCAGUAACACCAAAGAAUCUGAUAUUGGCGACAAAGUUAAAAUAUCACUGAAAGAUUUCUCGCUCGAUAGCGGUAUUGAGGAAAAAUCAAAAUCUGAAAACGAGGCUUCAGCGGUUUUAGCUGGUAAAAUGAAUGAGGCUUACAUUGCCAGUGAAUGA